AUGGACGAGACCAGCAGCAUCGUCUCGCAACGGCCACCAUCACCGGUUCCCUCAUAUCAUACGCUUCCUCCGGAGGCGCAUACUGUACUUCUCGCGGGGCCUUCUUCUUCUGCCGCUGGUCCCUGCUCACCAUCUACAUCAACCCCAAGCAGAGCCAGCAUCCCCAACGCCCUCCUCUCCGCAGCCCGGAACACGCCCGACGCAGUCCUCUCAACACUAACACUCACACACCACCAUUCUGACGCUGGUUCCAGCCCCCCGGAAGUGAGGAUGCAAGGCAACCGCUACCUCUCAGCCCGCACAGCAGACGGACGAGAGCGCUAUCGAGUGAGCUUUAGCUCACAGGGUCGAAGUGUCAUAUGGCGCGCCGCCGACCACGCUUCUUCUAGCACCGGCACCACUCUAGAUGGGGAUUCCAGGCGGGAAGCGCUCGCUGUUAUUAAGCCUAUCGACGAACAUGGCGGUGAUGCUGGGCAGGGUGGCUUGGCCGUCUACUUGUUCGGUGCCCCUGGGGCACGUGUAUCUAGACUCGAGUAUGACACGCUGCGGGACACGGGGAAUCUGCCUCUGCCAAUGUUGAGCACAACUACCAUCGUUGACGCACAUGGCCAACAGCGAGACCGCACUGCUGACGAUGAGGAGGCAGGCCUCCAGUGGGAAGUCACGACCCAUGCUGACUUCCCCAGCACGUCUUCCAACGUCAGUCUCGCGGAUAGCAUCGAUGACGGGAGGCGUAGAAGCGCACAUGCGGUACUACGGGAUCCGCAUCGACGAUUCUGGGCUGGACGAAGUUGGGGUCUGGGUGAGGAUGGAGGUGACCCCCUGCGAGACAAACGCAGCAAGCAGGGGAAAGGCAAAGGCAAGGAGCAAGAGAUGGCGGCAUUAUCGGGCUUGCAUCUUGUAGAUGCAGAUUAUAAUGUCUAUGCGGAUUACGCACACAAAGUCGCAGAAAGCGAUCUAGAUCGGGACGGACAGAUUUGGGGCCAUGUGAGGUUUCGGGCGAGGGCGGUUCUUCUCGAUGUUCUUGACCAUGGUGGUGGAAGCAGCAUGAGUGGCCGGUUGGGUGAGAAGAUGGACCAUGUCUUCUUGACGCUGGUCCUGCUGCUUCAAGCUUGUGUGCGGGUGGACUAG